AUGAAGCUGGAAAUCCUCCUUAGCUUCGGCUGCUUGGUAGCCGGUUUGGCUACAGAUGCCUCUUAUGAGGAUUCCAAUAUGUCAACCCAGUUUCUCGCUGCGUCAAAGCCCAACUUUCUCUUUAUCAUGACCGACGACCAGGAUCUGAUGUUGGACUCUCUCUCCUAUACGCCAUUGACUAUGAAUCAUAUGGCAAGGAAAGGCACAACCUUUGCCAACCACUUCGUCACUACCGCUAUAUGCUGUCCGUCUCGUGUCAGUUUGCUCACUGGGCGCCAGGCACAUAAUACGAACGUAACCGAUGUCAACCCACCCUGGGGGGGAUAUCCCAAGUUCGUUGAAGGCGGGUUUAAUGAGAACUACCUUCCCGUUUGGAUGCAACAGGCGGGCUAUGAUACCUACUACACCGGAAAACUGAUGAACGGACACUCUCUUGAGAACUAUGCUAGUCCUUAUGCUGCAGGCUUCAAUGGAUCAGACUUUGUUCUGGACCCUUACACCUAUGACUACAUGAAUGCCACGUACCAGAGGAAUCAUGAAAAGCCUGUCAACUACCUGGGCCGUCACACGACUGAGGUUCUACGCGAGAAGGCGAUGGGAUUUCUAGACGAUGCUAUAGCUGGCGAACGACCUUUCUUCAUGACUGUGACACCUAUUGCACCGCAUUCAAACAUGAAUGGGACGUAUGGAGGCGGUGCCGGUCCAAUGUGGAUGGACGAGCCCAUUCCUGAAGAACACCAUAAGCAUCUCUUCCCAGAUGCGAAAGUACCUCGAACAGCGAACUUUAAUCCCAAACACCCGACCGGCGUGAGUUGGAUUCAUGACCUUCCACACCGAAAUCAGACCGUGAUAGACUACAAUGACCAUUAUUAUCGCCAGCGACUUCGUGCUCUUCAGGGUGUCGAUGAGCUAGUUGACAAUCUCAUUACACGUCUCGAAAAAUCGGGAAAGAUCGACAAUACCUUCAUUAUUUUCACCUCGGACAAUGGUUUCCAUAUCUCCCAACAUCGGCUUCCUCCCGGGAAAACCUGUGGCUUUGACGAAGAUAUCCGAGUUCCGUUCAUGAUGCGCGGGCCUGGUAUCCCAGAGAACCAUGUGGAGAACACUGUUACCACGCAUAUUGACAUUGCUCCCACGCUCUUCCAGCUCGCCGGGCUUCAUCCGAGAUCUGACUUUGAUGGAACACCAAUGCCAACUUCCAAGACCACUGGAGAUCUCCAUGAGCACGUCGCAGUUGAGUAUUGGGGACAGGCGAUGCUCGAAGGUGGCUAUUCAAAUCUUGGGACCCCCACUGUACCCAACAACACCUACAAGGCUGUUCGUCUGUUUGCCGCUCACUAUAACUUGUUCUACUCCGUGUGGUGUAAUAACGAGCAUGAGCUCUAUGACUUGACUGUAAGUUUUCUUUGGACCCAUGUAGCUAGAUUGGCUCCGCUGACCAAAUGUUCAAAGACGGACCCUUACCAGGUGAAAAAUCUUUGGACCAGAGAUGCCCAAGAGGUGGAUAUCCUUGGAUAUCCAAUGUCGGAAGUAGUUCCAAGAUUGGAUGCCCUUCUCAUGGUACUCAAGUCAUGCGUUGGCUCCGAAUGCAUCAAGCCCUGGAAUACUCUACACCCGGACGGCUCAGUGACGAGCCUCAGAGAUGCAUUGGAUGAUAGGUAUGAUCACUUCUAUCAGUCCCAGCCAAAGGUCUCCUUUGGUCGCUGCGCCUAUGGCUAUGAGAUCGAUGCCGAAGGACCCCAGCACGCUCUCAGUUUCAGAAAUGGGUACGGUGUGGAGACCUGGGUUUGA